AUGACUUUCAAUCUCGACACCUACCUCGAUGCCUUUUCCGGGCCUUUUGUGAUCGAACGAUUGCACCAUAUCUUCCUCAGGUCCCAGUCACACAACACACGGGUCCAGGCGGCGACGACGGCGCUACAUAUGAUGCAAGAAUACAGCUCGGUGGCGCCUUUUGCUAAGGACUUGGUUGAAUACGUGACGCAAUCGAGCCCCCAAGUGCUCUCAGAGACACUUCUCCGAGAUUUGUAUCGCUCCUUCGACGUUGAAUCGUUGCGCUUGUUGCUGGAAAUCGAAGUCUACGUGGAAAAGGCGCCAUUGGGCGCCCCUGACAGCGCAGCCGAAGACGCUGAGGAGGCAGCGAUCAGGGCAACCAUUGAGAAGUUGGCAGUAAUGCAAGCCAUCGCGCACGAAACACUGCAAGCGUCGAACACGCUCGUAAGCGCGGGGCAUUUGCCGCAUGCGGACAUGUCGACACACAGACAUAUCGAGGCCCACUGGUUGUGUCUUAUGUUUGAACCGAAAAACGUUCCGUACCUCAUUUCCACGCACCUGAAGCGAAACGACAUUCACCGAAACCUCGCCACGGCCUCGGAGGCUGAAACCGACGCAUUUUACCGAGUAAAGUGGUACACGUUGCUCGGGAAUUUUCUCGAAAAAAACUACGAUGUAGUUGUCAGCGAGUUUACAGCGUUGGUCUUGGACCCCAAGCUGCUUCUGGUGUUGUUUAGUGUAAACUUUAAUCAGCUAGUUAAUGUCCCGACCAUGGUGAUCAUUGUGUUUCUUUCGCUCUACUUGGUAUCUUCCACCCGAGAGUUUACCGAUGCAUUCUUCGGCACCAGCGAAGACGUGGACCCAAAGGAACGAAGCGCCGUUUCGGGUGCGUUGGAGGAGCUUGUGGAUCACACGCCGCCAGUCUUCCGCCGCUUCGUUGAUGAACUCUUGACUACAAAUAGCUACGCCAGGUUGAAUGACUUGAUGGGGUCCUCCGACUUUAAAGACGUGGUUGACACAGACUUGUUCUUGUCAAGCAACUGGGACCAGAUCAAGACGAUUGUGUUGCAGAAACAGAUCUUGGGGUACUUGUCCGCCGUGCGGUCCGUCAACGUGGGGCAUUUGGCAAAAAAGUUGGGCGUGGCGCCCUUGGAUGUCCGCGAAGCCGUUUCUGACUUGGUAGUGGUUCUUGACUUGCGGUUCAAGUACAAUCCAUUGGAUGACUCGUAUGUGCUAUAUGAGGAGGAGGCGGAAAGUGACAAUGGCCAGGCCAUGGACCAUCUUCUCUUUUCGCUUGACGUUGCCACGACAUCCAGUGUGGUGAGUAACUUUGUUGUCCGCAACUUUGUUGAAUAA